UCUGAAUAAGCGUGUCUCUACACGAAACAUACGGUACGUAUACCAAGUGCGGGUGCCGGGUGAAUGUUUUUCUGAAAGUUGUUCCUCCAUCUAAUUAAUCACUCCAUAUCCUCAAAUAAUUAGUGAAUCUAAUUAAUUGAUAAUCCGAAAUAUUUGAAAUCUCAGGAUAAAUUUGGAUUCUGUGAAUUCAGAGAGAAUUAUCGGGAAGAAAGAGCGAAAGCGAAUGAAGAGGUCCUGCAAGAAUGACUGGUACUUCAGAUGGAUCUAGGAAUAAAUUUAUAAUGUUAUGUGACUUUGAAGGAUAUAUAAUUUGCAGGCUGCUUUGAGAGUAAUUAAUAAAAUUGAAAGAUGGAAUUGGAUCAGGCUUGUCCUCGUUGUAAAACAACGAAGUACAGGAAUCCAUCGUUGAAAUUGAUGGUGAAUGUCUGUGGACACACACUCUGUGAAAGUUGUGUGGAUCUCCUCUUCUUGAAAGGUUCAGGAUCAUGUCCAGAAUGCCUGAUACCUCUUCGCCGAGGCAAUUUCCGGGUGCAGAUGUUCGAGGAUGCAAUGGUGGAGAAAGAGGUAGACAUUCGCAAAAGAAUCCUUCGAGAUUUCAAUAAAAAGGAAGAUGACUUUACGACCCUCCGCGAUUACAACGAUUACCUGGAGGAAAUCGAGACAAUAAUCUACAAUCUCUCCAACAACAUCGAGGUCAUAGAGACGAAUAAGCGAAUAGAGCAGUACAAACGGGAGAAUCGCGAGCAGAUCCUGAGGAAUAAAAAUAAAAUGGGGAGAACGGAGUCAGAGCUUCAGGAAUUUUUGGAGCUUGAGAAGCAACGAGAGGAGGAGAGGCGUUUAGAAUUAGCCAGAGAGGAAUUAGAAAUGAAGAAGAAAAAACUGAGAGAUAAGGAGGCAUUGAUCGAUGAGCUGAUGUUCUCCGAGGGGAAUGCAAAAAGCAUCGUCGAGACUUUCCAGUCGUCCAUCCAAGCAUCGAAGGAAAAAUCUAAUAUUCCCCCAGCACCUAGGGUAACCCAAUUCAGCAGUGGAAUUAAAUUUGGCCAGUCUGCUGCUCAGAAUUUCCUGCCUGUUCCUAAGGAUGAUGCUCCCCUCUACAAUUACACUCCCAUUCCCAUGGAGAUUGAUGGUCCAACACCACCAGCUCUCAGAGAAAUAAUUUCUCGUGGAUACAUCAACCACGUGAGAACUGAGACCUCUGCAGAACGUGCUGGAGGCUUCAAGGCCUCGAUUGCCUGCCUUCGAGCUCUCCAGGAAGCCAUGGCUGGACUCUACCACAAUCCUUCCCAGAGGAAUCAACCCAUGGCCUUGUGACAGUUAAUUUAUUAAUUUCUAUUUAAUUUAAUUACUCACUCUGUACCAUAAUUUUUGUAUUUUUCAUUCUGAUGGAAAGUAGAUAUAUUUUUUGGUGGGAAGAAUUUUAAGUAGAUGAGAAUAAAGUCUAAUUAAACUAAU